CCGAGCCACUCUUCACUCUCAACAGAGAUCCAACGGUCACUAGAUAGCAACCGAAGAGAGAGUUCCUUAAUUGUUAAUUCUUAAUACUGCGUUUGCAUUGUUCGAGCUAAAAAAAAACAGCAGAGAGAUGGAGGGCAAAGAAGAAGAUGUUAGGCUGGGAGCUAACAGGUUCAAUGAGAGGCAGCCAAUUGGCACGGCAGCUCAGAGCCUAGAUGACAAGGACUACAAGGAGCCACCCCCGGCACCAUUGUUUGAGCCAGGCGAACUGACUUCAUGGUCGUUUUACAGGGCCGGGAUUGCAGAGUUCAUGGCCACUUUCUUGUUUUUGUACAUCACCGUUUUGACUGUGAUGGGUGUGGUUAAGGACCAGACUAAGUGUACAACGGUUGGGAUUCAAGGGAUCGCUUGGGCCUUUGGCGGGAUGAUUUUCGCUCUUGUUUACUGUACAGCUGGAAUUUCAGGUGGUCAUAUAAAUCCUGCUGUGACUUUUGGGCUAUUCUUAGCAAGGAAACUGUCCUUGACGAGGGCCGUGUUCUACAUGGUGAUGCAGUGCCUUGGUGCCAUAUGCGGUGCUGGUGUGGUGAAAGGAUUUUACGGGAAAACAAACUACGAGUUGCAUAAUGGUGGUGCCAAUAUGGUCGCUCAUGGUUACACCAAAGGUGAUGGCCUUGGUGCUGAGAUUGUCGGCACUUUUAUUCUUGUCUACACUGUCUUCUCUGCAACUGAUGCCAAGCGUAGUGCCAGAGACUCCCAUGUCCCGAUUUUGGCACCUCUGCCAAUUGGGUUCGCUGUGUUCUUGGUGCACUUGGCCACAAUCCCAAUUACAGGAACUGGGAUCAACCCAGCUCGGAGUCUGGGUGCUGCAAUCAUCUUCAACAAGGACAGCGCCUGGGAUGAUCACUGGAUUUUCUGGGUUGGCCCCUUCAUUGGAGCAGCACUUGCAGCUCUUUACCACCAGGUUGUGAUCAGAGCCAUUCCUUUCAAGAAGUGAUGAUUGUGAUGCUUUACUUUUGGCCAUUUGAUGAUGUAUUAAAGAUGAAAAUCAAGCCCAGUUUGUUCCAUUUUCUCCGUGUUGGCCUUUUGUGCAUUUGUACCUAUAAGUAAGCGCGUGCUAUAACAGUGACGUGUAUUUCUUCAAGGGCCUUUUUAUCCCAAUUGCGCAUGUAAUGUAAUAAUCGUAAUGUUUUUCUUCAA